UGGGACUCUGGUUCAGUAGGCUGUAGUGAAGUCAUCUUGCCUCAUCUGCUCCUUUUAAGCCGGCAUUUUUAAGAGGGAGGUUCCUGGGAGGCAUAUACAAACACUCAGUGAAACAACCCACACUCACCCAUAAACUGCACUAGUGGCCAGCAGAGAAGUGACCUAUUCUUUCACACAGGAGUCGGCAUGGCUAACAAGGGUCAAUCGUUUGGCAUGAGCCGACAGGUUCAGGAUAAAAUUGACAGCAAGUAUGACGCUGAGUUGGAGCUGAUCCUGGUGGAGUGGAUUAGUCGUCAGUGUGGUUCUGGUGUGGCACGACCAGAGGCGGGGAAAAUGGGCUUCCAGGCCUGGCUGAAAGAUGGUUGUGUCCUGAGCGAGCUGAUUAACAGUCUGUUUACUGGAGAUAAACCUGUGAAGAAGAUCCAGGGUUCAACCAUGGCCUUCAAACAGAUGGAGCAGAUCUCCCAGUUCCUCAAUGCUGCUGAGAAGUAUGGUGUUACCAAGACCGAUAUGUUCCAGACCGUGGACCUCUGGGAAGCUAAGGACCUGGCAGCAGUGCAGAGGACCCUGUCAGCUCUGGGCAGCUUGGCCAUCACCAAGGAUGAAGGGACAUAUAAUGGAGACCCUAGCUGGUUUUUCAAGAAAGCUCAGGAGAACAAGCGAGAUUUCAGCGACGAGCAGAUAAAGGCGGGAAAAAAUGUUAUUGGCCUUCAGAUGGGAUCCAAUAAGGGAGCAAGUCAAGAGGGCAUGAGCUAUGGAAGACCCCGGCAGAUCAUGUAAACUCAUUGAGCCGCGUUGACCCAAAACCUCUGCAGCCCCUUACACCCUCUGAGAGCCUGGUCCAUGACAACUUCCCUUUCAUACUAAAACUGUCUCUGCUUUAGAGUUUAGUCACUUUCUAAAAAGUUCCCCUCCUCCUGAAUUUUUACACGUACCCUGAACCCCCUGGUAGAUGAACCACAGUGCUCACCAUGCUUUGUUCCUCCCACUGCAGUUAGUUAGGUCGAAUACAAUUCAAUGUUUAAAGUCUUAGAAAUUAGAAAUUAGAAAUCAGAAGUUAAAAUUCUUUACCUUUAAUUUAUAAAUAUCAAGAUGUUCAUGGAAACAGUCACAGCACUCAUACGACAAAUAACUGACCUGAAUUAUGGCAGCAGUUUUCUUAAACUUUUUUUUUUUUUUUUUUUAAUAUUGGCUCUUGAUUCUGACUCGAAGACUGAUUUGUUGUUACCAGUAACUUACAGAAGGGACAGUCUUUUCAAUUUGAGAGGUGACACCCAUGACAUAUCAGUAAUCCUUAAUUCUACUUUGAAAAAAAUUGUUCCAUACUUCCCACUUCCCACAAUGCAACGCCUGCUGUAUCAGCACCAAUAUUUUUGUACAUUGUCUUAUUAAAUAAUGACUUUGAAAUACA